AUGAAGGUUACCGCCACCAUCGCCGCUGCCUCCAUGGCCAUCGCUGCCGCCUCUGCCGACGCCGACACGACCUCGCGCCAGCUCAUCCUGGGCGGAAGCAUCAUCCCGAGCGGCCAGAAGACCUACUCGGUUGGCAUCCGCUCCACCGCCGGCGGUGACACCUACUGCGGCGGCGCCCUCAUCUCGCCCACCCACGUGCUCACCACGACCAUGUGCACCAAGCACGCCAAGCCCGACUUUGUCGCGGUCGGCACGCACUACGUCAACGGCACGAAGGACGGCGAGCAGCUCAAGGUCAUCCAGGCCCAGAACCACACCGACUUUAACAAGACCGGCAACGGCGAGUACGAUUUCGCGCUGCUGACUCUGGAGAAGCCCAGCAAGUUCGCCCCCGUGAAGCUGCCCAAGGCCGAUGACUCGGACAUCAAGCCCGGUAUGUGGUCGAAGGCCAUGGGCUGGGGCUGGACCAGCUUCCCCAACGGCUCCCCCUCGAACGAGAUGCAGGGAGUCAACCUCCAGGUCUGGAGCAACGAAGACUGUAGCCAGGUCUACGUCAUCAACCCUACCAACGUGUGCGCUGGCGGCGUCGCUGGCAAGGACGCGUGCGUGGCUGACACGGGUGGUCCGCUGAUCAAGGAGAACGGCGCUGGCGACAAGGACGACGUGCUGAUCGGCUUGGUGAACUGGGGCUACGGCUGCGGCGACGAGGGAGCCCCCACCGUCUACUCGCGUGUGUCCUCUGCGCUGAAGUGGGUUAACCCCAUCAUCAAGACCAAGCAGGUCAAGACGGCGGUUCCGGUCCAGCAGGCCAUUUCAGGCAAGCAUGGCGUUCCGAUCAAGCAGGGUAUGCCGGGUACGGUGCGUAACUAA